AUGGAAGCUAAAUGUAAGAUUAUGUCAACUCAAAGAGUGAAGCCAUCCUCUACAACACCUAGUCAUCUCAAACACUUCAAACUUUCCUUUCUUGAUCAAUUGGCACCGAAUCAGUAUGUUCCAUUUCUCCUUUUCUAUUCUAAAUCUGAUGUGAGUGGUUAUGGCAAGUUUACAACCUUGUGUGACAAACUAAAGGAUUCCUUAUCAAAUCUCUUAACUUUCUACUACCCAUUUUGUGGAAGAAUCAAAGAAAAUUCCUAUGUUGAUUGUAAUGAUGAAGGCGUGCUUUUCAUUGAGUCUAAAAUCUCUUGUAGCCUCACCAACAUUCUAGAACAUCCAAAGGUCAACCUGUUGAAAAAAUUACUUCCACUAGAUCCAUUUGGAAGUAGAGUAAACAAUGGUAAUGAUGAGGAAUCGGCAAUGAUGGCAAUUCAAGUUAGUGAACUAAGUUGUGGUGGUAUAGUACUGGGAGUGUGCUUACUCCACAAGGUUGCUGAUGGUAUAGCAACAGCCUCAUUCCUCAAUGCUUGGGUUGAAAUGGCAAAUAAGGUAAAUGAUAACACAAUCAUCAAACCUUAUAUGGAAGCAAGUUUGUUGUUUCCAACAAGAGACAUGGAAUUUUCUAGUCCACUAUCUGGUCGUGUUGACAACAAAGAACUCACAACCUUAAGGUUAGUGUUUGAUGGAACAAGCAUGUUUAGGCUAAAAUCCGAAAUGGGUGGCUACAAUCCUACUAAGGUAGAAGCUGUGACGGCUCUCAUUUGGAAAUCAAUGAUGGAAGCAACAAUUGCAAGAUCAAGGGCUCAAGAGUAUGUAAUUAUAAGGUCCUUGGUAACACAUGUUGUGAACAUUCGCACUCGUGUUGUGCCAACAUUGCCGGAGCGUAACAUAGGAAAUAUUGUUCAGCUGGCCGUUACUCCUUUGAUUGAACACCAAGUGAGAGGAAGUGUUAGUGUUGAGUUGAAGGAUUUGGCAAUGAUGGUUAGGAAAGCAAUAAUGAGAUUUGAUGGGGAUUAUGUGAGUAAAAUCAAAGGUGAUGGUGGGUUUGAUGUGGUUGUGGAGUCCAUGAAGCAAGUGAUGCCUACACAUCUAGAGGGUGUUCAAUGGUGUGACUUCACUAGCUGGACAAGAUUUCCAUUAUAUGAAGCUAAUUUUGGAUGGGGAAUUCCAACUUGGGUGAGUACUGUUGGCAUGCCUGUGAAAAAUAAUGUGACUUUGUUGGCCACCAAAUGUGGGGAAGGAAUAGAGGCAUGGGUUAAUUUGGAUGAAGAAGACAUGGUUGAAUUUGAGCGCAAUCAAAAGCUUUUGGAGUAUGCAUUGAUUCAUCCUCCAUUAAUUAGUUUAAUUUUUUGA